AUGGAAAUGCCAGGAACAGAGUGCCAAGCAACCUGUUUCAAAAACUCAUCCUACAUAUUUUCGAAAAGCGGAAGAGAUUGGUAUGAGAACUGGCACGUCUGUCACUGCCAGGAAGGUAACUUAGUCUCCAUCGAAACUGAAAAAGAAUGGCAGUUUAUCAGUCAUGAGAUUCAAAAGCGUGGUAAUUCGAAUACUAGUGCGUGGCACAUUGGUUUAUGGAAGAUAUCCGGAGAUUGGACAUGGUUGAGUGGAGAAAAACUAAGUAUUUCGAAAUGGCGAGAUUCUCAGCCAGAUGGUAACGACAAUUGCGCGGAAAUAUCUAAGAAUGGAGGCCUCUUUAAUGGUAUCUCUUGGGGUGAUAAAAACGCCUUCAUUUGCGAGAUGCCCGGAGACCGGCCCAUUAACUGGCUCUGGGCCAGAGAAGCCUGCCAAAACCAAGGAGGGGACCUAGUUUCCAUUGAAACCGAAGAAGAAUGGAAUUUCAUCAAUGACCAGAUUCAAAGGCGAAAUACUACGUACUAUGAAAAUAAGUGGAAUAUUGGUUUAACAAAAAAGGCCGGGAAUUGGACUUGGGUGAAUGGAAGACCGCUGACUAUUUGCAAAUGGGAACAAGGGGAGCCAAGAGGUGAACACGACGCGGCUUUCAUGUACAAGCGGUCCAGUAAUGGGGAGCAGGGCGUGUUUGGUGGUGUUAAUGGCACAAGUAUGGGAUUGCGCUACCCUUAUAUUUGUGAGAUUUCCGAGGCAACAUCGCCAUCGCCGUCGCUGGGGCCAUUGCCGUCGCCAGGGCCAUGUCCGUCGCCGUCGCUGUCCCCGUCGCUGUCGCCAUCGCUGUCGCCAUCGCCGUCGCCGUCACCGUCACAGCAAGCUGUUGUUUGGUUAUUUCAAAUUGUUUUUUCUCUGAUUUCGGUGGUGAUGUACAUAAUACGACAAAGUAAAACCAUUUCAACCGUGGGAAAACUGCAUAAAAACAUUUACGGAAAUCUAAGUUUCCAAGAAGCUAUCACUUGCCAAGAAGUGGAAAAUGUGGUACUUGGAAUUCUUACUUUCAUCGUCACCAUCAAUCUAUUGAAAAUCAUUCGCUUCAACGACUAUGUUGCUCUAUUCUCCGCAACAUUGAAGAUAUCUGCACGAUCUUUGUUAUCCUUUAGCAUCGUUUUAUCCAUUUUCUUUGUGGCAUUUUUGCACUUUGGUGUCUUAGUGUUUGGCUCUGUAUCUGAGCGCUACUCUUCGGUGCUAAAAGGAGCCUAUUUCCAACUCGAGCUAACUCUUGGUCGAGUGAAAGCUAGACCAAUUAAUGAAUUAGCACAGGCCGACACCAUAUACGCCAAAAUAUUCGCCUUCUUAAUUCUCUUCACUCUCACUAUUCUCUCUAUGAACUUCUUUAUUGGCAUAAUCAACGAUGCUCUUUUGGAUGCUAAGAACUUUGUGAGCGAAAGUGAGCUGUAUGAUCUUAUCGAUGAGAACCGUUGCUCGAGCUCAAAAGAAAGAAAAGAGUUUUUCGAUGCAAUCAGUAACAAGUUGAAACAGUCGAGAACCUCUAAAACGUCAGCAGAAGUGAAGGACAAAGAAUCUGGAAACAUUGGCCUUGACCCCACGAACAGUUCCAAUCUUAACUUUGAUUUAAUAAGUCAAGCUAUCAUAGCUUGGAGGAAGAAAAGAUCCAGAGAAACAAUAGAUAAACAACAAUGCAGUACAAGGAGACAAGCAUUGUUCGACAGGAUAAGCAACAUGUUAAAAUCUCUGAAAGGUGAAAGCAAUGACGACUGCAGCAAACGUAGAGAAAAAAAGAAAGUAAGAUUUCAAGAGGAUGUCGUCGAGUCUUCCCUCCGUAAAUUACGUAAGAGAGAACAUGACCUGUUACAGCGGCUGGAGAGUAUUGUUUCAGGGUUCACAGCAGAAGACGAAGAAUUCGAUUAUUUAUUAAUAACAGCAGAGGUUUAUCUCUACUAA